AUGCAUGACCUUGAGUUCUUUUUCUGGGUACUCUUCUGGAUCUGCAUUCACUACGAAGCGCCGGGGAAAGGGAGGAAGGUGAAGGAUUUUGAAAAGUGGAAUUAUAUGAGUACAAGAGAACUGGGUGGUGCCAAAAUCGGAGCUAUAGCUGAUGAAGAGGUAUUCCUUACAAUCAUGGAUGACUACUUCACUCCAUAUUACCAGCCAUUGUCGUGUUGGGUCAACAGGCUACGACGGAUUGUAUUUCCAAACAAUGGACGAUGGAAGAGAACAAAUUCAAAAUUGGGCUCAGAAAUGAGGAAAAUACUUCAAGAUGCACAACGCGACCUAAAGGUCAUAGGUUAG